AUAAAGCGUUUAAACUAGACUUAGUUGCGUUUCGUAUUCGAAACUAAUUAACCAAAAGUUUUAAAACUACCAUUGUGCAGUUUUGUGCCAUUGGAUAUAACAACUAGCAAGAGUAUACAACGCAUGAAAAAGAACUGAUUUUGCGAGUGAGAGAGCAAUGAGCGAAGAGCAUUUUUAUGUCAACCCUCAAUUUGACGCUCUUCCAGACCCUCGCCAAGAGGAGGCAACCAGUGACACAGAUCUUGUGACAGGUGAAGAUAUCAGUGAGCCCGAGACUAAUCCACCAGAAGAAGAAGCGCCGAAUGAAGAAGUGACGAUCGAUGCAAGACCUCCCGUUGACAGCAUCGACCUGGUCUUUCAAGAGUUUGUUAUACAAUGCACUUGCGCACUGCGGAUCUCUAGCGAUAGACUUGAUGGGCAACUAAAUGACCACAUUGUGAACAUUGCACAACUUGGGCGACUCCACCGAGAAAUCGAAGAUGUUCUGCCUCAAGCACUCGUCAAUUCCGACCUGCACACUUGUUUCGUCGAAAUUUCAACUGUGCUGAGGCAUCUACUGCGGGCUCUUGAAGCUGCGCAGCGGGUUUACCGCAACUGUUUUCCUCCCAGAAGUUUCACGACCAACUCGUGGGACUUAAUUUAUUAUGUAGCAGCCAUGUGGCAUUUGCCAUCCAGUCUAGCACAAAGGCUAGAGGUAAUAGUCAUAUACUUCGGUUUCAAAUGCAGUAGUCUUGAAACAUAUAGCGUGGAGAUUGAUAGGUGGAAUGAAGAGUUUACACCUGGUGAUAGACGACAAGUUCGAAGCAUCACUGACGAGUUACAACGGUUCUUCAACCAAGUUACUAGAGUUCAGAACCACGCUCAAACUCAGCACGAAGGGGCCGUUUUAACAUAAACUGAACCGUAGCAAAAUAAACUCUGAGCAGUAAAAUUAAAAACUGUGAAUUUUCCGUUGACUAAAAAUGAUGAAAGCCAUGGGCGGAUUUAGUGGGUGACGCCUUUCCUCAGGGAUUCGACCCAUCACCAAUCAAAAGGUCCCCCCUUUGGUAAUAUUUUCCGACAUUCGUUCAU